CAUGUUUAGAAAGCUGUAAAAAUUCCACAAGCGAAAGGAUUAUAGUUUACUCGAACGCGUAAUAGCGAAGAAUGCGGUUCUGAGAUGUUGAGCCGUAUGCGAAAGUAAAGCUUGAGAAUCGACGGUGUUUCAGUAAACAAACAUGGCUGCUCACCAGAAGCAGACCAGCAGCGGCGGCGGUCAUACACCUCGAAAGAAAGUUCAGGUGUCCUACGUCAUCCGAGAUGUGGUUGAGAGGCAGCACCGAUCUGGUGUCAACUCUCUCCAGUAUGACCCCUACCUCAACCGGCUGUACUCUGCAGGCCGUGACUCGGUCAUCCGCAUCUGGAACACGCGCAAUCUUGAGGACCCUUACGUUCAGUCCAUGGAGCAUCAUACAGAUUGGGUCAAUGAUAUUGUGCUCUGUUGCGGUGGCAAGAACUUGAUAUCCGCCUCUAGUGACACAACUGUCAAGGUUUGGAACGCAUACAAAGGUUUCUGCAUGUCCACGCUUCGGACACACAGGGACUAUGUGAAAGCCCUAGCCUAUGCGAAAGACAGAGAGCGAGUUGCUUCAGCAGGUCUCGAUCGAGUGAUCUUCCUCUGGGAUGUCAAUGUCCUGACCGCCCUAACAGCGUCCAACAACACGGUGACCACAUCUUCACUGACAGACAAUAAGGACAGCAUCUACAGCCUGGCAAUGAACCCACCAGGCACGGUGAUUGUUUCGGGAUCCACCGAGAAAGUGAUCCGUGUUUGGGACCCCAGGACAUGCCAGAAGAUGCCGAAGCUCAAGGGUCAUACAGACAAUGUCAAAGCGCUUGUUCUCAACCGGGAGGGCACACAGUGCCUUUCUGGUAGCUCAGAUGGGACGAUUCGGCUGUGGUCGCUGGGACAGCAGCGGUGUGUGGCCACGAUACGAGUUCAUGAUGAAGGUGUCUGGGCACUGCAGGUGAAUGAAAGCUUCACGACAGUCUUCUCUGGCGGCCGGGAUCGCAAGAUAUUUAUGACUGACCUGAGGAACCCUGACAAUCGCGCGCUUGUCUGCGAGGAGACUGCACCAGUCCUCAAGAUGACUCUCUCCAAUGACACUUCAUCCUUGUGGGUUGCCACUACUGACUCUACCAUCAGAAACUGGCCUGUGAACAACCGGUGCUCCCAGCUGGACGACUAUGACACCGACAUACUGGUGCCUCUCAGCCAGAAACCACAGGCCAGCAUUAAAGGCAAUCCCAGCAUCAGGCAUUAUGCAGUCCUCAAUGACAAGCGCUAUGUAAUCACCAAGGACACAGCUGGCAAUGUAGCUGUGUGGGAUGUCCUCCAUGCCUGUAAAGUAGAAGAUCUCGGUACGGCUGACUUCGAGUCGGAGGUGAAGAAGCGGUUCAAGAUGGUCUUUGUUCCCAACUGGUUUUCUGUUGACCUCAAAAUGGGCAUGUUGUGCCUCCACUUGGAUGACCCAGACUGCUUUACCGCUUGGGUUUCCACCAAGGAAGCCGGCUUGGGCCCUCCUGAAGGUCCUGACCCCAAAAUCAACCUUGGAGCUCUUGUACUUCAGGCAUUACUUGAGCACUGGCCUCCAUCUUACCUGCCUCCAGAACGACCUGAGAACGGCACUGGUGUUGCCCCUACCAUGAAUGGCGGCGACAGGCAGAAACCUGGCAACAUGUACUUCAGCAUGCCAGAUCAUACGCCAGUGACUUUCAGUGAGGUUGGAGGCCGAACACUGCUCAGGUUUCUAGUGGGGGAUGCCGGACGUGAUGCGGAGGAGCUGCUGAUUAAUGAGACCAUUCCAUCGUGGGUGCAUGAUGUUGUGGUGUCUAAAAACGUGCCCCGGUUUCCCAAGAUCCCAUUUUCGCUGCUUCCACACAUUACGUCGGGUGUGAAACCACUUCGAAGCUCCGACUGCUAUGCGUCGUUACCGAGGCCUCAAACUUCGCAACAUGCUCGGAGGGAGCGCCUGUCAGCGAGUGACAUGAUACAGGUGCGAAAGGUGAUUGAGCAUGUCUACGAGAAGAUCAUGGGAGCGGGCUCGGACUCAAGUUCACAGACUCAAGACAGGAGUGGUGACUCCAACGGCACUACUGGCGCCGCCACGGACGAUGAACGAGCUUCUAUUGCUGAGGAGAAGGUUGAACUGUUGUGCCAAGAUCAGGUUCUCGAUCCAUCUAUGGAUCUGCGAACGGUUCGCCACUUUAUAUGGAAAAGUGGUGCAGACCUGGUGCUUCACUAUCGGCCAAUUAAGUGACACCGGCCGAUGGCGUGGAGCCUUCUCCUUCGCAAGAGCUGCCACCGUGCCGUCGGCACCAUAUUUCUGUGAUAGCCACCACUUCGCUUGGACCACAGGGGCCUAGUUGCCACCGGCUCCUUCCUGUUCCACCACCAUUUCUGCACACAACCUCUUCCCACUCACUGGGAGGUGGUGGUCUGCUCCUUCACAGGUGGUGGUCUGCUCCUAUCCAGGUGCCCUGCCACCCAUCACCAUCAACGUCAUGCCUUCAUCUUCGCUUUCUGCUCCCACGACAGCUUGGUGCUGUGUUGUAUACAGAGACAGUGACAUUGUGCUUUCUUUCACUCUUUCUUGAUGCCUUGGAAACGUCCAAGCAUGCCCAUCGAAUGUGUGGCUUGGCGUCUUGCACUGUGUUCAGAGAGAGCAGUAGUGAACCCUGACGGAAUGCAGGUACCUUUGCAGUAGCUCAAACAUUGAUGUCGGUAGCACUGGAAGCAAGCCUCUCACUCAUUUCCUCAUCUUUGGCAGUAGGGAAGCAGUCUGCCUGGUCGUUUACUUAGUACUAUUGUCUAACAUCAGUGUUUCAUGGUGUGCCUGCACAAUGUGUGGCAUGUUUUGUGCUACUAGUCAUUCAUCAGUGGUAAGGAUGACCUGUAAAGAUCAGUCCAGCAUAGUGUGGCCUUGGAGUUUUGAACCGGCAUUUUACAUUAUGCCAGAUGUUGUUAAAUUAAGUGAGCUGCUUUGUUCACAAAAAAAUAUUUUGAUAAAUGAAUUGGGAUCCUCAUUUGAAUGUCCUUCUGAUAAACUGUACUUGGUAAAUUCUUGCAAUAUUUGCAACAAACUUGACUUUCAACAAGUCAGUAAAAAAAAAUGAAGCUUCUUUCUUUUAACAUUAUCUAGCCUACAAGUAAGAAAAAAAAAAGGAAUCUGCAAACUGCCUUUCAAUCUUUCAGGGCUGUAAACAAGUUUUAUAUGUCUUGCCGCCUACCUAGAACAAAUGUAGUGCAAACUCAUUUUAUUCAACCAUUUUUUAGCUUUGCAAUAUAUUGCUGUUUGUGUUUCUGUGGCAUCUGCCUAGCAGUGAACCAUAGUUGUAAAUACCAUGCAAGCCCCUACUGCCAAGGAGUCCUUGCAAUUGUGGUAAUCUCUAAAUUGCUGCUUCCUGGUGCUGUAUAGCACAUGUGCGUUACUGCAGAAGUCUAAGCUUUGAAAGCUACUCUGUCAGUAGUCUUCGUGUAGCUCAACUGACAGCAGUGUAGCAUGAACAGGCCUAUCAGCAAAUAUCGACAUUGUGUUUGACUGGGAAGUAGAUGGUAUGUGUGGCAAACGUCGUAUUAGCAUUUGUAUGAUAUUACAAAAGUGCUGGUAACUCGAAAAGUAGCCAAAGCGCCAUAGCCAAGCAGCCAAUUUGGAAAUAAAUAUAUUGCUGUAAGGCUAACCUAUCCUUGAUGUGUUAACUGUAUUAAUGAAAAGUUACAAGAGGGUUGUUAUGCUGAAGACAUGAAAGAAUGGGACCAUUGUGAUAUGCAGUGUUCUUGACCUGAAUAGCCUAUAUUGAUAGCAAUAGGGGUACGAUGCAGUGUGCAACAUGUUAUUGCUCUUCCUUGUAGUCUUUGACUUCGGAAAAGAAAGAAAGAAAGAGCACUAUUUUUGUUGGUAAUGGGGCUCACUUAAGAGGCAGCGCACUCUAAGUGGGUUUUUACAUUGGGCUUUAAUCAUAAAGCCAUUUUUUUUUUUAAUGGAACAGGAACUCUGACUGAUAAACCACUUCAAUAGCUGACCACAUCCUACGAGCUGUUUGCAACUAGGCUUACAACAUGAACAACAACAAAAUAUUCAUAUGGCACUACACAAAGUGCAAUCACAUAAGUCUGGUGCAGUUCUGCAAGCUUUGUGAGCUACAAAGUCAUUUUCAUUCUGAUUGUGAUCCCCAUAGCAGUUGCAUUAUAAGUGCUUCUAUUUUCUUGUUUUGCCUGAAAACUGCAAGACAUCAUCGCAUGUAUUGACUGUCUGACUUGCCGAGAAAAAGCAAUUAGCAUAAAAUUUAUUGACCAUCUAUGAGAAUUUUGCAUGUUAUACAUUGCAUAGUUGCUGAUUUCGGUAGUCUUAUUUAUGACACCUUUUAAUUGAAUGCAUUUUAAUACAUUUGUUUUCCUGCUGAGGUGGGCUUUGAGGUAUAGAGCUCCUGAGAUGUAGUGUGUUUAAAAGUUGCCGCCCACACCUUCAUGCUAUUGCAAUAUGAGAUGCAUCCGAGCUUGAUGAAACGACAGUGUUGUUCACUAAUACUUCAGUCUCAAGUCUUGUCGGGAACAUGCUUGCCUUGCCUAUAAAUGAGACAGAGCAAAAAGUCCAGUCAGGAGGUUCAACAUUUGGCGAACAUAUCACCGAUUGCCAAAUGUAUUUCAAGCAAAGGUUUGAUGCAAGUUCCGGUGCUAUCCAGCAGUCAUGCAACGAAAAAAAUUAUAUAUGCAUAGAUUUUGAAGGCACCAGUGGUAAAGUGGCCCUUGCAAUCAUCUUACACAGCAAGUGGUUUAACAUCUCGGUUCGAUCUAAUUGAUGUGCAACGUGUCAUCACAGUGGUUAUUGUGUUGUUGGCUUCAGGACUAAAGAUAUCUUUGCUGAGCUUCAUGAGUUUGGUAGCCACUGAUGUCAUUAUUGCAUUCAUCAUUGAUGUCAUUGAUUGUUAAUGGAAAUGGCUGCCAUCUGGGAUGAACAGAUGAGCACAUAAGAACACAGAAACACACUUCGCUGUGUCUGCGUGUUUCUCUGUUUUGGUGUCCUUUUUGUUCUGCACUGCAGCCCAAAGAAUGUACAACUAACUUACCAACCUACUCGUGCUAUUUCAAAUAAGUUUGCUCAUUCCACUCGCAUCCUGGUAAAUGGUCAUGACUGGCAGAUUUUCUUACCUCCUUUUAAAAAUUUUUUAUCAGCGGAUUGAAGGUGAGGAUGUAAAUUUGAUGCUUGUAUUCUCGAGGGCACCUAUGGCGUUUUACCCAAAUUCACUGAGAAGUAAGCACAGUGUGUUGUCAGUCUUGCUACAUGCUCUACCAAAUGUCAAAAUUGGGUUGGCAUCAUGUGUGCAAAUCGGGUAGAGCACUUUACCGACCACCAGACCUUAUGCAAAACUCUACAAGCUGUCUUUUCCACAUGGCUGAAAUGCCACUGCUAAGGAGGUCGUGGACUUUUGCACUUGAAAGAAGUGAGGACUUACAAGCUGGGAGUGAGAACAGGAGAGUAUCAUUUGGGGGUGGGUUUCGUGCUUUGUAUACACUUUGUACAUGGGCACCAAAGCUGCAAAGCAAUUAUUUCUACUCUAUAAAUACAAAGAGGUAUAGUAACAGUUUUUGUUAUUCUUGGCACUCUUUGGUCAUCCCUGGCCCUUGCGCCAAUAAAACCCAUUUGUCAUCAACAGUUUUUGGUCAUGCUUUAUUCUUAAAGUACGGUCCUCAUAUUCCUGUCAGCCUCUUCUAAGCUUAUCUGUGCACAACAAGUAGUGUGAGCAUCAUAAUUCUCUAGUGGUGCCAUUAAAGUUAUGUUUAAAAAGCUGCUUGCACAGUUUUGCAUAUCGUCUAUUCAGGAUAAAUCUCCCACUGCCCCAGCAAUGUCAGACAUGACAGUAGUGUGUCAGGGGUAGUCACUGUUACCGACAGCAGUCGGUAGUGCAGUACUGGUGUAGCCACUGCAGUCAUAUGGAGUGCUUUAUAGGCAAAGUAUGCCCCAGGCAGAUACUGACCAUUUUUGGUUGUUAGCACAGGGCUUGCCCCUGCACACGUUUGAUUGAAAAUGUGUCCUGAACAGAGUUCCAAGCACCUUGAAGUGUGACUCAAUGUUGCUGUAGUUAGACGGGUUAAACAGUAGAGAGAAUAAAAAUGCCUUUUGGCACAUUGGAACACUUUAUAGAACUCCACAUUUCAUUAUUUAUUUGCCCCUGCAUGUUUGUUUAUGUAACCUGUGGAGUAUAUGUGGAGAGAAUGUGAGGGCCUGAGUGUUUGCACAGAGUUUACAUGCAUAGUCCAAAGCAUCUUGCGCACUGGUUCCACUUUGCACAGUUCACUUGUGUCCAAAUCCAAUAUGCAGAACUGCCGUAUGGCAGCCGAAACAACCUCACGCAGGCAACCAGUAUGCUAAGUGCAGACUUGUUGUAGCAGUGCUUUUUAGGUGUUUGUGGUUUACUGCCAAAGUUUGUUGUGCGAAUUUCAUGUACAGGUUUGAGUUGAACCUCUUGCAAUUUGAGCUGAAGUUUUUGAUGUAAUUGUUCCUGUGAGAGCCACUUUUGCAGUAAACAUACAGCUUUGGAGUGUGCAUGAAAGUUGAAUCUUCAGAGUAACAUGAAAACUGAGCCAUGUGUACUUGACAGAUGAAUUAAGUGUUAUUGCCAACAUGAGCGGGGAAGCCGAAUCAUGCAACCUGUUUUAUGCAUGAAAGCUGGAUGAUGCAAUGUGUACUAUAUGCGUGAAAGCCGAAUUGUGCAAUGUGUGCUGCGUUACCCAAGCGUUGCAUCAUAGCAGUUUGUUAGCCACACAGUUGUUUUAGCGCAUACAAAUGUUGCUUGUCUUUUUCUGCAAUUUUUCUGAACUGUGCAUCUAGAUUUUUCUUCUCAAAGUGCUACCUAACUUCUGCAUUUAUUGACAAAACUUCUGAAAUACUGUUUGGGUUGCCACAGUUAUUCUCGUUCUUGUGCAUGGUGGUCAACAAUUAUGUUACUCAGUAUUCCUUGGUUCCAGUGUUCAUUCACUAUUUAGCGGUCAAAUGGUGUGUGCCACUGUAGUGUUGUCCUGUAUGUGUAAUUCUGCAUCCCCAGCAAUGUGAAAGCAAAAGUCUGUGGUCAUC